AGGUUAAAGGCGGCGACUUCCCCUCGUGGGAAGCUCAGUUCUCGUCUGUGGACUCGUGGCUCGUGUUCACCCGAGCCUCUUGUUGCCUUUUCAGAGCUCGCAAACUUCGAGAAGAACGUCAACCAGGCGAUCCACAAAUACAACGCUUACAGAAAAGCAGCAUCUGUGAUAGCAAAGUACCCACACAAAAUAAAGAGUGGAGCAGAAGCUAAGAAACUGCCCGGAGUUGGAACAAAAAUUGCUGAAAAGAUUGAUGAGUUUUUAGCAACUGGAAAAUUGCGUAAACUGGAAAAGAUUCGGCAGGAUGAUACAAGUUCAUCCAUCAAUUUCCUGACUCGAGUUACUGGUAUUGGUCCAUCUGCUGCAAGGAAGUUUGUAGAUGAAGGAAUUAAAACAUUAGAAGAUCUCAGAAAAAAUGAAGAUAAAUUGAACCAUCAUCAGCGAAUUGGGCUGAAAUAUUUUGAGGACUUUGAGAAAAGAAUUCCUCGUGAAGAGAUGUUACAAAUGCAAGAUAUUGUACUAAACGAAGUUAAAAAAGUGGAUUCUGAAUACAUAGCUACAGUCUGUGGCAGUUUCAGAAGAGGUGCAGAGUCCAGUGGUGACAUGGAUGUUCUUCUGACCCAUCCAAGUUUUACCUCUGAGUCAAACAAACAGCCAAAACUGUUACAUCGUGUUGUGGAGCAGUUACAAAAGGUCUGUUUUAUUACAGAUACUCUGUCAAAAGGUGAAACAAAAUUCAUGGGUGUUUGCCAACUUCCCAGUAAAAAUGAUGGAAAGGAAUAUCCACACAGGAGAAUUGAUAUCAGGUUGAUACCCAAGGAUCAAUAUUACUGUGGUGUUCUCUAUUUCACGGGGAGUGAUAUUUUCAAUAAGAAUAUGCGAACUCAUGCUUUAGAAAAGGGUUUCACAAUCAAUGAAUACACGAUCCGUCCCCUAGGAGUCACUGGAGUUGCUGGAGAACCCCUGCCAGUAGAUAGUGAGAAAGACAUCUUUGACUACAUCCAGUGGAAAUACCGAGAGCCCAAGGAUCGAAGUGAAUGAGGCCUAUCCUUCCCCAGCACAGCCCAACAAGAGUCUUAAUUUAUUUCUUAACCUUUGCUAUGUAAGGGUCUUUGGUGUUUUUAAAUGAUUGUUUCUUCUUCAUGUUUUAGCUUGUACCGUAGUCAAUAAAACCUAAUGCACUAUUAUCAGA